AUGGCGUACUACGGUCAACAACAUCCACAACACGAUCAGAAUUUCCUAUGGAAUGUCUUCCAGAGGUAGAAAUAAAUACAAUAGAUAGUUGAAGAAUUUGGGUGGAAGUUUGUGUCAAACACUCUUAAUAUAAUUUUUGGGUUUAUUUUUAGAGUGGAUAAAGAUAGAAGUGGUGGGAUCUCUACUAACGAACUCCAACAGGCGCUGUCAAAUGGUGUGCUACACUUUCAUUCUUGAGCUUGAUCAUCAUUUAUAAGAUUAGUCAUUAUUUAUAAUGUGACUAAAUAGCAUUGAUAUACAAUUUAAUUUAUUUAACAGGGACUUGGACGCCUUUCAACCCGGAAACUGUACGACUCAUGAUAGGUUUGUAUCAAACGAUUUCUUGACCUCGUUGAUUUUCUUCGAUUCUUUUGUCAACUCUAUAAAUAAAUAUUACUGAUCUCAUUAUCCAUUAUUUUUCAUUGACAAGUCAGCAUGUACUAAAUUUAUUGAUUGUUGAUCUUGUUACUCAUAUCUUGAAGGACACUUUUAUAUUUACAAGUCAACAUUUCAUUCAAUAAGCGUUGAUCUUGUUACUCGUAUCUUAAAUGACUCUUUAAUUUAUAUUUGCCAAUAUUUACUUCAUUUGGUAGUCGUUGAUCUUGUCACUCAUAUCUUAAAGGACACUUUUAUAAUUACAAGUCAACAUUUACUUUAACUGAUAAGCGUUGAUCUUGUUACUCGUAUCUUGAAGGAUAUUUUAUAUUUAGUUCUAUCUUAAUCAUGAUCUGGAAGAGGAGCUGAGAAAUUUUUGUUCAUCCUCUGUUCCUAAUUUGAUUUUUGAUGCGUGCAGCUAUAAGUUUUAGCCAUUUGAAAUUUAAAAGUGAGGUGAUAAGUUAUGAUUAUAGCCCACUGAAUAAAAGGCAAAAUAUUUUCUGCAUUUUCAAAGACAUUAGCACUGUCUUUGUAUUGUCAGUAUUGGAUGCGUCAUGUUGAACAUCAAUGAUUGACAGAAUUAAUAAAUACUGUGUCUGUUUUACUAGUGUGAGAUGACUUGACUGGUUAUCAAUAAUAUAUCGUUCAUGUAUACAGGAAUGUUUGAUCGUGACAACAAUGGAACUAUUAAUUUUCAAGAGUUUGCAUCUCUGUGGAAAUACAUAUCCGAUUGGCAGACCACAUUCAGAAGUUAUGACAAGGAUAACUCAGGAUCAAUAGAUAAGAGAGAGCUGCAAACAGGUAUUUAUCAACCUAUUCAAAUGGAAGGGUGAAUAACUAAUUCUGACUUCCAAUUUUUACAUACAUGUCACAGAAAUAGAAUUCUCCGGAAAUCUGGAAUCCAUGAUUGAUCUAAGGACUUGACACAGUUCCCCCAACCUUUAACCCUUUAUUUCCAAGCUAACAGUAUCCAUUUCAUCUUCAAACUUUUCUCCAUACGUUACAGAGAAUUAGUUUAACAAUCAAAGCCUCUCACGUUGGAACUGUUUUCCUUUAUUCUCCUAAUUACACUGAAUGAUUCGAUAGCAUUAAUGUAAGGAGAAAUAAAAUGUUGGUCACUGUUAGGGUUUUGAAGGGUUUAUGUUUUUUUUUCCACUUUUCUCUAGUCUCUCCCUAUGAAAUGAGGUUGCUGGCUAAGACAUGAUCAAAAAUCACAAAAAAUAUCUAACCAUAAAACUACUCUUGAAAAGAAUGGAUAUAUACUUGUAUUUUUAUUCUAGUUUUGGACAGAACCUUCUUUUAUUUAUUUCCCCUCAUAGCAAUAUUGUAGCAAUAUUCUCCAUUUUAGUAAUAUUAUCCAAAAUUUACUUCUACUAACAAGAGUUGGCAGACUACUAUGGAAAUAAGGACAUUUUUUGUUUUAUCUUGUAGCCCUUCUGAUAAUUUUACAUAAUUAUACAUGUUAUAUGUAAUUCAGCUUGAUGCCCACAUUUUUCUGACUAAAUUUUUUUUUUUUUUACUUUUUUUUGUAGCCUUGACUAGUUUUGGUAAGUGCUGUACCCAAAAAGAAUCUUUUAAAAUAUUUUUUAAUGAAACUGAAUUGAUAAAAAUUCAUGUUAUAUAUUAUUCAAUGUUUAUGUGUGGCAUCUAUACACAAAGAAACUUUUAAAAUCAGCAGACAAUUGAUAUGAAGUACUUCUUUUCAAGGUUACAGGCUAUCAGAGAGAUUUUAUGGUAUUUUGAUCAAAAAGUUUGACCGCAGUGGCAAAGGAGUUGUCAAUUUUGAUGAUUUUAUUCAAUGCUGUGUUGUAAUACAGGUCAGUAAUAGAUACGAAGUUUUAUUGCAUGGCUGACUCAGUGAGUUGGCAAGAAUAAGUAUAUGGUGAUCUAACUGGUCACUGGACCAGUUAGACCAUAUUCUUAUAUUCUUAUAUACUCACCUUAUACUGAAUUACUUUGGUAAUUCUGCUUAAAAAACAGAAACAGAAAAAGGCAACUUUUGUUAAUCUAGUUUGCAUCAUAGAAAAAUUUGUUGGUAAAACUUUCUGUUCGUGUAAUAAACCUUUGAUUGACCUUACCUGUUGGUCCUUGAGAUUGUUGUUGGACUGAGGCUUCUUCUCUCUAUAACAACACAAAAAAUGAGAUUUGCAACAUUUACCUUUUGUGAUUUAUCAGAGUUAAUCAGUGAUACAUGUAGCCUUUAGUUCAAGAAUGGAAUAUCAGUUCAUGCAUGUUUUCAUGAACUUCAUUCCCACUUAUUUUGCAGCAGAACUUUCCUAACUUAAAAGUUAGUUAACCCCUUGACCCCCAAGAAUGACCAGCAACUAAUUUCUCAUAACAAUUUCACCCCUGAAUCAAACAUUAAGUUGUGAGAAUAAAGGAAAUGAAAGAAAGACUGAAGCUUUUGAUCAUUAAAUAAUUCUCCUUGUCAGCAGUUUGGGAAAUGUACAGGGAACAGUAUGGAGAAUAUGCAUACUGAUGUUAGGCUGUAAAGGGUUAAAUCCUUUGACUUCCUUUACCAGUUGUAAUCACAUUCUACCAUUGUAUAGAGUAUUAUUAAUGGAAUUUAUGAACUUUAAAUUAUUUUAAAAACCAUGAUAGUAAUAUUUCCCCAUGGCUGUAGUGUGUCACCAUCUUGUUGCUCAUAAUUUUUUUCUUCUAUUUCUUUUCAGAUGUUGACAAGUGCUUUUCAGGGCUUUGAUACAAACCGAAAUGGAUGGAUUACCAUAAACUAUGAACAAUUCCUAUCUUUGGUGUUUAGUUUGAAAACCUAA